AUGAAUGAUAUUCAGAUUCUUUUUGAUGAGCCUUGGAUAGUGGGAGGUGAUUUUAAUGCUAUCUUGUUCCAACCAGAAAGGAACAAACCUGAAGGUUGUCUGGCUUCUAGGAAAUUUUUCAAGAAAUUUGUUAAACAACAUUCCCUCAUUGACUUGCCACCGAAUGGAGGUAAGUUUACUUGGACUAAUUCUCAGCAGCAUCCACUUUUGAUUAGGUUGGAUAGAUUCCUUGUUAAUGGAGAUUUUCAAGAUCAUUGUCCUUCUUUAAUGCAAAUGAGACUCAAGAGACCCAUUUUUGAUCAUUGUCCAAUUAUGAUGAAUUGUAAUUCUGUAAUGAAGCCUGUUUCUCCAUUCAGAUUUGAUAAUUACUUGUUGUUUCAUCCUUCUUUUUUGGAUAAUAUGAAAUUGUGGUGGGCUAGUCUAGUUUUUUCUGGUAGACCAAGUUUUGUGUUUGCUAAGAAACUUCAAGGCUUAAAAGUUCUUAUUAAAGCUCGGAGGAAAUCUUUAGGUGACCUCCAAAUUCAGCUGGAUUAUCUUGAAAAGGAAAUAGAUGUUAUUGAUUAUAGAAAAUGGGGUCAAAGAUCUAAAGGUAAGUGGUCUAAAGAUGAUGAGAGAAAUACAAGAUAUGUUCAUCAACUUGCUUCUUAUAAAUCUAAGCUGAAUAACAUCAAUUGUUUAAGAAUAGAUGGUGAUUUGUCUUAUGAUAAAUCAAAGAUAUCUGCAGAAGAUGUUAACUUUUACUCUAACUUUUUUUCUGAGCAAUUCCCUACCUGGCCAAGGUUUGAUGAGCUGCAAAUGCCAUCUAUUCCUGUGGAAGACAAUAUUCAACUUGAAAAGCCUUUUUCUGAAGAGGAAGUCAAGAAUGUAAUUUGGCAUUUUGGAGCUAACAAGGCUCCUGAAAGGGAUAAGAAGGGUGACCCCAUUUCCCCUUUUCUGCUUAUAUUAGUAGUUGAAAUUCUCUCUUUAAUGAUUAAGAAAGCUGCUUCUUCUGGGUUGAUUUCUGGUUUCAAAAUCUCUUCAAAUGGAACUUCAGUUCAGCAUCUUCAGUUUGUUGAUGAUCUGAUUGUAUUGUUGGAUGACACUGCUGAACAAGUUUCAAUCUGA